AUGACAAGCGAAGGCCGCUGGCGUGGGAUCGGCGCCCGUCGCCUAAGUGGCGCCAUCAGCUCGGGAAGACAGGUCGUUAAGCAGUCGGGGCGCAUCGGAGGCAAAUCGCGGCGGUUUCUUGCGCGCCUCCUCGCAGCUAACAAGUUUUUUGCGAUUGCGGACAAUGGCUGGCAGCAGCUGGUCCCCGGACCGGUCGCCGCUGCCUGGGCCCGCUGCACCUUCACUACACUCUGCGCCCGGGACGUCGCCCGCUCGAGCUCUUCACUCAGGACCACCACUCGUACGACAAUUAGCACGAUCCCCCAUCCCACGCUAGUCGCUACACAUCAAUCUGUUAUCAAUCUGGAAAACACAAAACCU